UGCUGAUGUGCGUCACAGCACCCUGGGGUUUUGCACGGGGAUUAGUCAGGCUGUAUUUGGAAACGCCCUCAACUGCACCUUGUGCUGCUAUAUUAGUGUUUCUCAAGCAAGAGGAAUUUUCUUUUGCUUCUGCAGCUGCUCCCGCUAAACCCUCUGCCUGUAUGCAAGCCCUGCGUCUCUGGACUCUGCUUGCCACCUAUGCUGUUGCAGUAGGACAAAAUCAAGGACAGAAGAAUCAGGAGUGCCCUAAGCUCAACGCACAGAUGCCAGAAUUUCAGAAGAAGACUGUCCACAUUAAGGACCCAGGGAGAGUAGAAGAGAUUAUCUGUGGCCUCAUCAAAGGUGGAGCUGCAAAACUUCAGAUUAUUACAGAUUUUGAUAUGACUUUAAGUAGAUUUUCCUACAAUGGAAAAAGAUGUCCAACUUGUCAUAACAUCAUUGAUAACUCUAAACUCAUCACAGAGGAAUGUCGGAAAAAGUUACUGCAGCUGAAAGAAACAUAUUAUGCUAUUGAAAUUGACCCAGCCCUCACUAUCGAAGAAAAAUACCCAUAUAUGGUAGAAUGGUACAAUAAAUCUCAUGCAUUACUCAUUGAACAAGGCUUAGAAAAGGAUAAGUUUGCAGAAAUUGUGAGGGAAUCUGAUGUUAUGCUGAAAGAAGGGUAUGAGAACUUCUUUGAUAAGCUCAGUGAACAUAAUAUCCCCGUGUUCAUAUUUUCUGCCGGGAUUGGGGACAUUCUUGAGGAAGUUAUCCAUCAGGCUGGAGUCUACCAUUCUAAUGUCAAAGUGGUUUCCAAUUUUAUGGAUUUUGAUGAAAAUGGAAUAUUAAGAGGAUUUAAAGGAGAAUUGAUUCAUGUUUACAACAAGCAUGAUGGUGCCUUGAAGAAUACAGAGUAUUUCAAACAGCUAAAAGACAACAGUAAUAUAAUACUGCUGGGUGAUUCCCAAGGAGACUUGAGCAUGGCAGAUGGAGUAGCAAAUGUUGAGCACAUUCUUAAAAUCGGAUAUCUCAAUGAUAAAGUAGAUGAACUUUUGGAAAAAUAUAUGGAUUCUUAUGAUAUUGUCUUGGUGAAAGAUGAAUCCCUGGAAGUUGCCAACUCUAUCCUACAGAAAAUCCUGUAAAUUGCAGUCUCAGGACACUCCAUUCCUUCCAGAAGGCAACUGGACAGAAGAGAACACAUGCUAUCUUAAGUGUCUAUUACUCAUUGACAGAACUGUUUAAUUUAAAACUUUUAUCUUCAUUUUGGUAUUUUGAAGUAUAUAUGGUGCCCAUUGUCAACUAGAAGCUCCUUUUACUGCUGUUACUCUUUUCUUUGUCUCACACUCCUGUUACAACUAGAUUUAAAUUGGAUUUAUAAAUGUGAUAAACUGCUCCUGAUGGGAUACUGUGGUUCACUGUCUUUUUAAUCAGGCAUUUCAGAAGAGCAUUUUAGCAAAUGUGACUGUUUUGUAAAACUGAAGAUGUAAACAUUCUGUGAAUAAGCAGUGUACACAGGUUUGUUUUGCCUUUUCUUCUUUCAAAGAAAAUAUCUUGGUAUCAGCUAUACUCAUAUGCUACAGACUGUCACAGAAUUUUUUCAUACAUGUUUUCUUCAGUACAAAUGCUUCAUUCACCCAGUUCAGACAAAGUGUUCCCUAUUAAUAGAUUUGUGUAUCAUUACAAAAUA